AUGGGUCCCCCAGAGAAGCCUGACCUGCCGUUUUCCAUCUUUGCAGGUGGUAUGAGAGUUCAUCCGAGGAAGCUAAAGCAUGUAGGUGAUAAGUCAGACCACAACCUACUGCGGGCUUGCAGGAUUGCUCUGAUAAGUGCAAAAGUGACAUCGCAGGACUUGUGCAUUCGAAAGAAAACUGGUGGCAAGGUAGACAAUGAAGUGAAGCGACCUGAGAGAGACUUUUGUGAUGGCAAUGGGCCUGGAAGAGAUGGGAAAGAUGUUUUGGAGUGGAGAGCAGGUGUGGAGGGGAAGAGGUCACGGGAGACGUGGGAACACACGUCAGAAGUGGUGGUCAGAGAGAAAGUAGAAGGUUGCAGAGGCUUGGUGAGCUGCCUGCCAUCCCAAAGCUCAGUCCCAAGCUAGAGUGGUGGGGGCUCCACCCCCGCCGCCCACAUGGAAGCCAGGAGCAGGGCUCCCAGAAAGCGGCUGGGCGUGCCUGGGAUCACGUUGCCGGCUCUUGUCUCUCUGCUCGGCUGCCUGCUGGCCUCCAGCGAAGCCAAGGUCUACAGUCGCUGUGAACUGGCCAGAGUGCUACAGGACUUCGGUCUGGACGGAUACCGGGGAUACGGCCUGGCUGACUGGGUCUGCCUCGCUUACUUCACAAGUGGCUUCAACACAGCUGCUGUGGACCAUGAGGCCGAUGGAAGCACCAACAACGGCAUCUUUCAGAUCAACAGCCGGAAGUGGUGCAAAAACCUCACCCCGGACUCCCCCAACAAAUGCCGGAUGUACUGCUCUGAUCUGUUAGAUCCUAACCUCAAGGAUACUGUUAUCUGUGCUAUGAAGAUAGUCCAAGAGCCCCAGGGUCUGGGCUCCUGGGAGGCCUGGAGGCAUCACUGCCAGGGCAAGGACCUCUCUGACUGGGUGGAUGGCUGUGACUUCUAGAAUCCUCUCUGCAUGGACCAGACCACACACAGCAGGCUGGGAAAUGUGACUUGGUUCCUGACCCAGGCUUGGGAAGACAAACCCACUAAUAAAGGAUAGUUGAAC